AUGGACUCCUCCGGAGCGCCGGCGUCGGCGUCGGCGUCGGCGUCGGCCAUUGACGUGCUGCGCCACCAGAUGGUCAGCGCGGGCGCGGGCGCCGGCGACCUGUUCGACGACCUGUGUGCCGCGCCGCCUGCCCGCGCGUCGAGGGUUGCCGCCGACGCGCUCCGCGACGUGGAUGGCGGCGGCGGCGGCGACGACUGCGCGAUCUGCCUCGACCGUGGCGACGCGGCGGCCGCGUGGAAGGAGACGCCGUGCGGGCACAGCUUCCACGGCGGGUGCCUGGAGAAGUGGGUGGCGGCGCACACCACCUGCCCCCUGUGCCGCCACCAGAUGCCGCCGCGGAUCGCCGAGGAGGGGGCCUCAGGCGGGAUGGCGCCGGUGUCCGGUGUGAGCUUCCAUAACGGGCGCAGGGCCAGGGCUGUACUGGCUUUAGUCAUCGAGAACAGCUACGGCGGCGCCGACGAGGCACUGGCCUCCGACAGCUCUGACGUCGACGGCAACGACAGUGGUGCCGAGGGCUCCGACGUCGACGGCAACGACAGUGGUGCCGAGGGCUCCGACGGCGACAGUGGUGCCGAGGGCUCCGACGUCGACGGCGACGACAGUGGUGCCGAGGGCUCUGACGUCGACGACAGUGGUGCCGAGGGCUCUGACGGCGACGACAGUGGUGCCGAGGUCUCUGACGAGUGA